AUGGCUGCACAAGUCGAGAGCAGCACUUUUGACGUGGUAGUCAUCGGCGCUGGAUUGGCAGGCCUCGCCUGCGCGAGGGCUCUCAAGGGCGGCGGCCUCGACGUGGUCGUGCUGGAAGCGCGCGAAAGGUUGGGCGGAAGAGUGCACAGCGUCGACGUGGACGGCGUCGACGUGGAGCUCGGCGCGCAGUGGGUGCACGACGACGCGGCGUCGCACCCGGCGCGGAAGUUUUGUGAGCGCGCCAAUCUAAAGCUGCGUGGCACGUCGUGGGAGCAAGCCGCGUUGGUUUGUAGAGGCGAGCGACGGCCCGGCGCCGAGAUCAAGCGAGCGCGCGCGGCGGCGGAGCGGGCGUUCGGCGCCGCGCGGGCGGCGCGGCGGACGGCGAAAGCCGAUGCCUCGCUGGACGACGCGCUGCGUCCGCUGCUCGCGGGCGCCGACGCGGUGACGCAGUUCUUCGUGCGCCUCGAGAACGAGCUGGACUACGGCGCCGGCGCAGAGGAGCUCUCCCUGCAUCAUUGGGAUAAAGACGAGUAUUGGAGGGAGGUUAAGUCCAGCAAAAAGGGCGGCGACGCGCUCGCAGGCCCGCUCGCGUCCGCCGUCGCCGCGUUGUCGGAGGGUCUCGCGGUGCGCCUCGGCCACGCGGUGACGGCCGUCGAGACGGGCGACGACGUCGUUCGCGUCCGCGGAGAUGCCUUCGAGCUCGCCGCGCGGCGCGUCGUCGUCGCCGUGCCGCUCGGCUGUUUGAAGGAGGGAUCGAUGGCAUUUGCACCAAACCUCUCGCCGCGGAAGACGCAUGCGCUCGCCGCCGUCGGCUUCUCGCGCUUCGAAAAGGUGGUACUCGCGUUCGCCGAGCCGUUCUGGGAACGCGUCGUGGGCCGGCGGCACGUGAUCCACGCCCCCUCGGACGCGCCAUUACCGCGCUUCGAGGUCUUCUUCUCGCUCAACGCGGCGCGCGGCACGGCGAAGGCGCCCCAUGUUUUGGUUGCGAUCGUGGGCGGUGCCGACGCGACCGCCGCCGAGGCGGAGGACGACGCGACGCUGCGCCUGUUGGUCUGCGACGCCCUCGACGCGGCCCUCGGGACGGCGGAGGCCGCGCGCCACUGUCGUCGCAUGCUCCGGACGCAGUGGUCGCGGGACGAGUUCGCGCGCGGCGCCUACUCGUACCUGCCGCCCGGCGCGACGCCCGAAGACUACGACGCCCUCGCGCGGCCGGAGCACCGCGGCCGCGUGCUCUUCUGCGGCGAGCACACGUCCCGGAAGUAUCCGGCGACGAUGCACGGGGCGUUGCUCUCGGGGGAACGCGAGGCGAAGCGGGUCCUUGGUGACCUCGGACGAGGCUAAUAGUAAGUUUGUGG